AUGUCGGCGCCGGCCGCCGCCAUGGCCGGUGACACUGAAGCCACUGCGACGACGAGCUUGGCCCCUUGCACAUCGAUCGACAAGACUCAACCUCCGCUGCCGCCAUCCACGGUCCAGGACAUGCCUGACGCCGACAAGCCCUCGGUACGCCGGAGCACUUCCAGCAACCUUGGCAGAGGCCUUUUGAAGCGACUCGCCAGCCACUCGAGCUCACGCUCAAAAGGCGAUGACAAUCCUUCCCGACUGAGCGGUGAGAAUAAAACGGCGGCCGGCAACACCGACAGGCGAGCAUCGCAGCCGCCUCCGUCCGCUGCCAGUCACCACCGCCUGACGAAAGCGGAGCUGGCCGAGCUCAGCAGGCCUAGGGGCAAGUACAAGAGCGGCGUCCGCUGGGAUCAGUACGAUGUCCCUGAGCCCUUCAUGGAGGUCAGCGCAUCGGCUGCUGCGCAAGAGGGCUCGGCCGCCCUUCAGGAAGGUCUGGUCGCCAACGCGAUGCUCUCCUCGGCCAGCACCGCCGCGGCUCAAGCUUACGCCGAGAACCGCGUGCUUGCGGAGCCUAUCUUUUCAACCGUCUCCGGCGCCGCCUCUCCACCCGCAGAAGCUGAUGCAAGGAACGCGGUUGGCGUCCCGAGCGUUGAUCAGACUCUGGCCGCCGUCACCCAGAGCGGAGUGACCGCCGGCAUCCUGUCGGAGCGGACAUCUCCAGCGCCAGCCGCACAGCGCUCGCCAUCGACGAAAGCGGGCGAUCCGAUUUCUGCAACAGGCACCACGACCUCGUCCCAGCGAGCCUCACCGGACCAGCAGUUGGUGUCGGAAGCAGCGCAACGAGUGCUCGCGGCCGCGAGGAAGCAGGCGCGCAUCGCGCAGAGCAAGCAGGGCCUCUCGGUUCCCGCCUCGCCUCUGACGCAGCAUGCGCCCAACCUCAGCGCUGCCGACAAGAAUGUCGUCAGCCAAGAACCGAGCUCGUCGACCGCAGCGCCAACCAACAGCGGCGAUCACUUGGCGGCCGCACAUCUCAGCGCAGACGAACAAGUUGCAGUCAAGCCAGGCCGUGGAAAGAGUCUGAUCGGAACAAUCAAGGAUAAGGGUGGCAGGAAGCCGCGCAGUCGCAAGAAUUCGCUUUCGAGCAGACCCAAUGAUGGCGCCUCUGUGUCGAGCUCGCCGGAGCCCAAUGCCAGCAGCCCGCCCAACACCAUCGGACGGCGCCGUCGCUUCAACGACACGAGAGACCUCGACCUGCUUGCCUACGAGCUGGCAGCAGAGGCCUUGGCUAGCGGCCUACCACAGCCUCCCUUUGCGCGAGGCAGCCGCAGCGGAUCCUCGACGCCGCGCUCCCUCGGCCAUGGACAUGGCAGCAGCGAUGAUCGCCGCCGCUCAUUCCACAGCGUCGGCAGCGGCAGCGAGCACACUUCCAACACCAGCCAGGCCAGUCUCGCCAAUCUCAUGAUGCAGCCGAUGACGCAGAUCAACCCGGUUCAGAGGUCACGCGAGGCCUCUUUCUCUGGGCUCAGUGCCCCGUCGACGAACGGCACCCCGUCACAUAGCGUGCCUGCGAGCCCUCCCCUGAUGCCCAGCGAUGCGAUGCGACCAGAUCGGAAUGGGUUCUCUGCCCCGUCGCCGUAUCUCAACCAGGCUGCGAACCUGAUGCCGGCGGACAUGCUGACCGGACUUGGUGGUUCGCCGUACCCGUCACUGUCCUCAAGAAAGGCGCGCGAUCCUCUUGAUGGCAUCGACAAUCUGGACCCCUUCGGCAUCCCGCUCGUCCACGAGUCGCCCUUUGACGCCACGUCGGCCUACGCCAAUCGGACCAACGUCUACCAUACGCCAACCCAGGUGGCGCACGCCCGCGGCCGUGUUGGCGCCGCAAAUGAACGGCGGAGCGUGCUGCAGAUGAAGCUGCACGAUCCAGAGACGGAACUGCAGGGCCUCACCAAGGUGCCCAAGGGCAAGAAGCUGACGCCGUUCGGAAGCCGGGCCGGCAGCCGCGCGAGCAGUCGUGCGCCUUCGCCUAGCGCGUCGGACACGAACCUCAGGGCGACCGCCGCGGCACAGGCAGACACCCCAGCUGCCAAGAGAAAGGUGGCCCAGGCUGCGAAACCCUCGGGCGUAUCGAGCCCCCGGUCGCGGAUGCCUUCGGUUGCCGACAUGGACAGGCACAGUGCGAACAACCGGCCUUCUUUUGAUAACAAGGCUGCAUCGGCCGUCGUACCCCGUCACACUUCGCCUGCCGAGUCCGAGUCCCAAGUCGCGACACCUAGGGCAGAAGCGCCGCCGCCGCCGCCGAUCGACGCUCGUAGCGGAACCAACUCCCAGCUCUCCAACGAGGCGCAUCCCGAGCUCGAGGGCCGGUCGACGGAGUUGCAGCCGAUAUCGGCGCUGUCGGUCCCCACGAACGUCAACGGUAGCAAACCCAGAUCGCAAUCGGGCGCGACGUCAAACCUUCCUCCCCCGUCCAAGUCGUCGAACCGGCUCUCUGGAAUCUUUGGCUUUGGCAGGAAGAAGAAGGAAGACCCUGCCCCGCCACAGUUGCCGUUGGCGCCACCGCAAGCCGACGCUGCUAAGCAAAUGUCGAAGGCGACCGCAUCAGCUCGCUCUGCCGACACUGAGGAGACGGGAGAUGUCGUCGUAAUGCCAUCCGAGCAAGGCAGCCUUCCGCCUCGAGCGGAGCCGCCGACCUUCUCCCACUUGCGCGUCGAUGCUGGCACAUCUGCAUCCCGAUCCCUCCCAACGGCGACGUCUGGUGAAGCUACUCCCGAGGUGCAAGGUAUCACCAUGCCCUCGGCGCCGGAGGACGAGGCCCGAUCUCAAUCUGCGGUCGAGUCUGUCCCUUCGUCUCUCCUGGCCCCUGCGCCGGUACCGCCAAGGCUUUCUAGUGCUUCGAAACCCUCCAGCGCCACAGCUUCGUCGUCUGAACGCCUUGAGGCCGGAAGGAUGUCGGAAUCGUCAAGCCGGAACGUCACCACAAAGGCGCAGAAGGAGGAUGACAAGAAUGGCGGUUAUAACCUCAACGCCUCCGCCGCAUCCAAACCCAGCGACAGUGCCGGCGGCGGCAAUGUGCGCCGCUUCCUGCGUCGCCUCAGCAGCUUUGGCGCCAGCAGUGCCCGAACCUCCGACGGGAGCUCGGCGGCCAAGAAGAACAGCGCCAAGGCCAACUUCCCCGACGCCUCGACGAUGCCCAAGCUGGACCGCGAGCAGCUGGUCAAAGCAGGCAUCAUUCCUGCGCCCCCUACAUCCGAUGUGACCGGGGCGGAUGCCGCGGUCCCGAAGCAUGACGCUGUGCUUGCCGCAUCGCUUGCUGCAGUUCACAGCAACGAUACCGACCCAUCGACUGAUCGACGGGAGCGAGAGGGCUUGCUGGAUGCCCAGCGGCCACGCCCUUCCAAUGCAAACGCCAAGCCGGUCGAGGCCAUGCUCCGCAACCCCGACGACGCUUCAUUGCCUACUGAGACUCGAGCGGGCCCUGCUCCGCCCGUCUACGAGCCCGCGGCACUCUCUGACGGCAUCCAGGCUGCGGCGGAGCAGCAGGAGGCAACAUUGAUGCCAAGUGCUCCCGAUGCCGCUCCUUCGAUGGCAUCCGAGCAGGUCGAGCGCGCGGUCGCCAUCAACUCGAGCAUGGCCAAAGCCGGCUUCGGUACCAGGUCCGCGACCGUCUUCAGACAGCCGCCCUCGGAUGAGCAGCUGCGCACCGAGGCUGCGACCAGCCAGCUACCCACCGACGAGCUCGAAGCACGCAUGCACCAGCUGGCGCCGCCUUCGGCUCGAUCCGACUCUCGCACGCCGUCCUUGGAGGUGCCGACCCUGCUUGACAACGAGACCCCGCCGCCGCUGCAGCCCGGCGAGGUCAUCACGCCCGCCUCGUCGGCCGGCUCACUCGUUCCUGCCCAAGCCGCCGACGAGGCUACGCCCAACAAGCCUACCUACCGCUCUGAGCCGUCUACGACGGCGAGUGCAGUAUGGUAG